UUUGAAUUUUGCGCGGUGUUGGCUGGUAGGCGUUUCUGCGUCGGAGCACACGGACUUUGUCCGGACCCCGAGGAUUCUUCCACGGUUUAUUUAGCUGAGGUUUCACCGAGCUGUGCGUCAGGAUGUCUUCAUCACAUUUUGCCAUUCUUCACAGAAAGGAUUUAAGUACUGAUAUGAUUAGAACUAAAAUUGCUCAUAGAAAAUCACUAUCCCAGAAAGAAAACAGAUAUAAAGAAUAUGAACGAAAUAGACACUUUGGUUUGAAGGAUGUCAACAUUCCAACCUUGGGAGGUAGAGUUCUUGUGAACAUAGAUGAGACUGCUCAAGACCUUAUUCCAGAGACCAGUAUCAAGACAAGAUCAAUGAAAGCUAUCCAAAGUGAUGAACGAAGACAAAUGCUCCAAAAGUACAAAGAAGAAAAACAACUUAAAAAACUGAAAGAACAAAGAGAAAAGGCUAAACAAGGAGUAUUUAAAGUAGGUCUUUAUAGACCUGAUACUCCUUGUUUUCUUCUAACAAACCAGAAUGCUCUGAAAGCUGAGGGGAAAAAGGCUAUUCCAUCUAAUGUCCGGAUUACAAGAUCAAAGGCCAAAGACCAAAUGGGACAGACUAAGAUUAGUAAUGGAAGUGAUGCUGUACCAAUCCGACCUGGUCAGAGACAGAGUUCUGAAAAGAUAGCGUUGGACAAACAGAAAAAAGUUGUACAGCCCACCGUGUCUGUGCCAAUGAGAGUGACUCGAUCAGCUACUCAGGUGACAAAGCAGAUUGCCAAAACAGUCUCAUCUACCAUAACAAGAAAGCCUAUCACAAGAGCUGCCAAUGUUAAUGAACCAGAAAGAAAGGCACCAAAUAAAGGGAGACCUGCCAGAAAGAUAGAAACAAAACCUGACAAGGUUGUUUCUUUUAAACUUGAUAGUGAAGAAAAUACUUCAGAUUCACAAAUCAGUGCAACAAAUGUAGUGGAUCCAGAUGGAGGCUUACCAGAAAUGGAAAACUUACCUAAGACAGAUGGAGUAUUACCAGAAAUGGAAAAUUUGCCUAAGACAUAUCCAGCAAAAACAAGAGGAAAGAAUUCCUUUGCACCUCAGGAUUUUGUGUUUCAGCCUCUACAUGGUCUGAAGACCUAUCAAGUAACUCCCUUGACUCCCAGAAGUGCCAGUGCUUUCUUGACACCUAGUUACACCUGGGACCCUUUAAAACCAGAAGGUGAUAAGACUCAAGCAAGAGAAGAAAUCUUGGCCCAACAAUGUAUCACUUACUCUACCAAGACAGUACAGCAAGAUUUGAAGAAAUUGCAAUAUCCUUUGAGUUCUCUACCUGUUAGUGAAGAAGAACAUGGCGUAAGUAAGAAGGAAGCUACUACUAAAAACUCAAAUUGCCUUCCGAUAAAAGAAGCCCCAUCACUUGAAAUAAAUGGAGGUCAGCUAUCUCAGCCACAGCACGACGUGCCAUAUUUCAGACAGAUCCUCCAGUCAGAAACUGAGAAAUUAACCACCGUCUGCCUUGAGUGGGACAGGAAGCUUGAAUUGGACAUUCCGGAUGACGCUAAAGAUCUUAUUCGAACAGCAGUAGGUCAAACAAGACUCCUUAUGAAGGAAAGAUUCAAACAGUUUGAAGGACUGGUGAAUGACUGUGAAUAUAAGCGAGGUGAAAAAGAGACUACUUGUACAGACCUGGAUGGAUUUUGGGAUAUGGUUACUUUUCAGGUAGAAGAUGUUAACCAAAAAUUCAACAAUUUGACCAAACUUGAAGAAUCUGGAUGGCAAAACAAUAAUAACAAUACCAGCAGAACAGUCAUUCGAAAGAAAAUUGUCUCAGGGAUAGCAAGCAAACCAAAACAGGAUGAUGGUGGAAGGGCUGCAGCUAGAAAUCGCCUUGCUGCCAUAAAAAAUGCCAUGCGAGAGAGAAUUAAGCAGGGAGAACAUGCUGACACAGUGGCUUCUGUAACACCAAAGGAAGUGGAUAAAAUCGUGUUUGAUGCUGGAUUUUUUAGAGUUGAGAGUCCUGUGAAAUCAUUCUCAGUACUGUCCUCUGAAUGCUCUCAAAGACUUGGCACACCUAAGUCUGUCAGCAAAGCUGUACCUAAGAACAGGACUGAAAUGGACCUUCUAGGUCAAAAGCCAUCACCAGAGAAUCCCGAUCCCCAGAGUGAACAUGUUGGCAAGAAGACAUUGUUUUCAAACAUUCCUGAAAGCAGAGACACCAUAGAAGAUGCUCAGUGUUCUGAAUCAGAGGAUGUAAUUGAAGUAAACCAUGGCCAGGUGGUAAAUCACUCAGAUACAAAUGAGGUAAAUUUUGAAAUGUAUUGUGUACCCAGUGAAAGAAUGAGUUUGCCUCUUCCCUCUGGAGUAGCCAAUGAUACUAGUACUAACAAAGAAAUUUCAGAUGUUGUAGAAGAAAUGGAACUCAAUUCUUCAGUUGCCUCACAGGAUGUUUUCAUGAGUAGCCCUGAAAAAAAUGUAUCAUUACAAAAUACCAUCUUGAAAGAAGCUGAAACUUCUCAGUCAGUGCUUUGUGAUAAUAAAAGUCUCACUACUGAAUGCCACUUUCUUGAUUCACCAGGCCUGAACUGUGGUAACCUGGGCACUCAGGUGGAGAACAGACGUCAAGAACAUGCCAGACACAUUUCUUUUGGUGGUAACCUCAUUGCCUUUUCUCCGCUGAGGACACUUAGUGGAGAAUAACCAGGAAAAUCAGCCCAAUAUUUUCCUUCAUGAUAAUUGAUGCAGUGACACAUUCUUAGACUAUGUAUUAGUUCAUCUUAUUCAGUCCACUUGUAUAAUGUCAUAGUGUUCUAAUAUUCAGUGUUCAUCAAAGUGUGUUUUAGAUAUGAUACUAUUUCUCAAGGGAAGUAGGGAUAUUUUUUAUUGUAACCAUAUAAAAUAAAAAGGCGUACUUUGACUUGA